ACAAUCAAGUUAACUAACACAAGCAUUUAAUUUUGCUCUUGACAAAUCCAUGAGUGGCGAAGGAAAAUGUGGAGUUCAUAUGUUGUUGUUCAUGUCAUUCAGUUCAUUCAGUUCACGUAUUCUAAACAAUUCAAUCUAGUUGACAGGUUUCGAUACGUUUUGUGUGUUUUGUCUGCACCAGCCCCAUAGCCCCGGGACAAUAGGCAAAUUAGUUAAUGACUGAAAACUAGGUUAUUGUUGCUUUAGUUGACGUGUGUUUCGGCAAUGGGAGGCGACAUGACCUCUUGUUUUGAUUAGUUCGUAUUCCUGGUUGAGAGUCAUGGGCAGGGUGGUGGAGGCAGGUCGGCGGGCGCCCGAGCAGGCCCCUCCUAAUGAGUUCAGUGUCAUGGACGCGAAGCCCAUAGUCACCUAUGCGGGUGACAAAACUCUAUUCUCCAGCUUGGAAGCUCUGCUUGUGCAACGCAUUCCACAGGAGGCGACUGAGUGGAAAAGGUCAUAUGGAAGGCCUGUCAAAUCUGUUUUCACGGAGGCAGAAUUUUCACCUUUUGACCGUAGCCAACUGCCUAAAGAAGGAGACUGGCACCUCAUUGGCCUACCAAUAUUUCAUACUUACUGGACAGAAUGUGUUGACGUCGAUAUAUACAAGACAUCAGUGCGUGAAGACAUAGACCUGUGGUUAAAGACCUUACAAAAGUUCGGUAUUGACGACUGGUUGAUUGUGCAAGUAGAGACCUAUGACAUUAAAAGAAGUAACAAACUUCUGCCUCGCACGACAGUGCUCGAUAAAAUAAGAAGUGACUUUGCUUCCAAACAUCCUGAUCGAUGUAUAUCUGUGAUUAAUCCUAUUCGAAGUGAAUCAAAGUCUGCUGAGACUUGGAGGGGUUUGCUCUCUCGAAUACGAGUUCUACUUUUACAAGCAUAUGAUACAACUUUAGUAAGGUUUGAGGAAACCAUUAGAAAACAAAGGGAACGUCGCAUAGAGCCUGGGUGGAGUUUCUGUAAAUACUUUUUGCUGCAGGAGGAGUUGGCGUUUGUGCUUGAAAUGCUAGGGCUUUUUGAAGAGGCCCUUGUGCAGUAUGAUGAGUUAGAUGCAUUAUUUACCCAGUUUGUUUUAAACUAUUCUGUCGGAGAAACUCCUAACUGGCUAGGUUCCUUCCAAGGUCCACUUGAGUCUUGGCCAGGCCUUCAGCUCACUCACAAAGUCAACCAGGAGCAGCGGCUCCUCAUCCAGGACUCCCAGGCUUCUCUACUGCAGUUCAGAAGUUAUCUCUUUGCAAGGCAGAGUGCCAUGCUGCUGCUCACACUUCAGCCUUGGGAGAUAGCAAAGCGAACUCUUCCAUUUUUACACAACUGCAUAGCUGAGUUGCGGAUCCUUGAGGUCACUUGUCCUCCAGGAUCGGUUGCCUGUUGGGUAUUCCUGGGAUGUCUGGAAGUCUUGCGGACAUGUGAACAAUUUAAUGACAGCACUCAGGUCCAGAAGUAUUCAAGAUUUACUGCCAGUCUUUGGGCAUACGCAAGUGAUAAGUUAAAAGAACUUGGAGAGCUGUGUGGCCUCCUUCCUGGCAUGCAACCUACCAGUGAACAACUUCACUUGGUUGUUGGCCUUUCUGCAGGCAUGGGUGAUGUGCCUCUAAGCGAUGAGCCUACACCAACUGACCAACUCAAGGAAGCAUUAUCCUCAAAUGAGGCAUUUAAGAAACAUUAUUUGGAAUUUGCAGAACUGGCAAUGGGGACAUUCAAACAUAUUAACCGAGUUAGACUUGCAAGAGUGAUAGGGAGAGAUCUAGCCGCUUUUCACCAGAGGCUUGGUGACUACCAGACAGCCUCUCUCUUCCUGGAUGCAGCCCUGAGAAUGCUUGAGGUGGAAGGCUGGCGGUCUCUGGCUGUAGAGACAAGACAAGAACUUGUUGUGUGUUAUCGCCACACAGAUGACAAAGAAAAGUAUGUUAAAACAUGUGCAUCUCUUGCUUGCUCUCAUGAACUGGAUGUGGAGAGGAGAAUGUAUUAUCUUAAUCAAAUGGUUGAGGUGCUUUCCAGUAUUACAACAGGGCUACCGUUGGUUACUCAGUUUUCCGAAGCAUUUGAACUCCUCAGUGUUGAAGUGAAAACAGAUAAACAGAAGCUUGUUGUUGGAGGGAUUGUCGAGAUUGUUGUUGAGCUUCAAAGCCUCCUUCCCCGCUCCAUGCCGCUCAAGCAGGCUGCUCUAUCACUGGAAAAGAUUUCUAAAAUGGAACCUCCAAGUGAAACUGCUGACAAAAAACAUUCCAAUAGUUCCUCGUCUCUCCCUCAGACUGAGGAGCCACUUUUCCUCAAGAGAAGUUGCCUGAUAAAUAAAUCUCCCAACAACCCCUUAUUGUCAAGAAUUUCAAUGAGUCAGUGCUUAGACUACCAACAGGACCAAAGUCUGAAAGCUGCUUGGGCAACAUGCAGAGAUUCGCGGUAUUUUCUUAGGCGAGCUGAUAGCCAAGGCAAUCAUCGCAACAUCACUACAAGUCUGCAGACAGAUUUUAGUCUAUGUGCUUCAACUGAUAAUAAUAUGUUAGAGCCGGGCAAAAACACAUUGGUUCUCCAAGCCAAGGUAACAGAACCUGGAAAAUUUCAAUUCGGACAGAUGUCCAUUAAAUUGUGUGAAGGCCACCUAGAAUUUUUGUCAAAUGUUUUACAUUGUGGUGUUGGGUUUGAAGUGACCAGUGAGCCCCCUACAGUUUCUCUUCAAGCAUUAACUUCAGAUCUUCUUGCUGGUAUUGACCAAGAAGUUACUCUCAUUGUUAACACAGGCAGCCAUUGGAUUAAAAAGGAUUCCAAACUUAUUCUCAGACCAACCGAGGGGUUGCAAGCACAGCUUACUGAUGAUGAUGAGUGCUUGUUGAGCAAGCUGGAAGUUGCUCUUCCUGAGACUGGCCCAUUCCAAACCACACAGUACCCACUGCGGGUUCUUGCGAGACUUGGGUCUCAAAAGGAUAACAGUGUGCUUGAACACAAGGUUGAUAUUGAUUGCCCAUGGUCCGUAGAAGCACAGCCAGCCGUGUUGCAGUUCCACCCCCCGUUCUGCACGAGCCUCCGCCUUCACACCUCACACCGCCGCAAGUUUGCUCAGGUGCUGGUCACUGGAUUGACCAAGAGUUUUCUCCAAGUGACCAAGCCGGAACUUAGGCUUGAGGGUGAUUGCUCCUCUGUUCGACUGCUACCCUUGAAUCCCACAGCAGGACAGCCACUGAUGAUCCGCCAAGGCUUCAAUAUAGUGUUGCUGUGGGAGUUAGAAGUGGCUAAGCAGGAAGAAGAAGAGACAGGGGACAGUCCUAUUCAGGCUGUCUUUACCAUGUUUUACCUCCCAGUCACUGACAGCCACUCCCAGGAGAGACUUUAUCAGUGUUCAUUUGAUAUCAAUGAUUACAGAACAUUAAUCAUUGAAAGUGCCAAAGUUGAACCAUCCAAAGGUAGUGAGUUUUGUCGUGCAAGUACUAUGUGCCAUUUGCAUUUGACAGUUGAGCGUGUCAGUGAGAGUGUGCGCAGCUCGCUUAUGUAUGAAGUACUUGUUGAUCAGACUAUGUGGGCAGUCUGUGGUAGAACAACAGGUGUUGUCACAUUGGAUGAAAGUCACAAGCAGACCAUCCAACUUGAUGUGAUGCCUCUAAUCAGCGGGUAUCUACCGGUUCCCCAUGUAAGAUUGUCCAGAUACAUCCCUGCCGACCAGAAGCCUCUCGGAAAAGCCGCCUCGCUGCACCCGCGCCGCGAGCCCUUCAGCCCCGGGCAGGUCUUCAACAACAGCAAAGCCCUCCAGGUGCACGUGCUCCCAUCUGCGCCGCCCGGAGAGUCCGGGGGCCCCUGAUCGCUGCUCGCGCCCCAACCUGCGUCCGAGUCUGAGCAGGAGUACGACGGCUACUCCGACAUCGACUCUGAGUUUGACGACUCUGACGACCAGGAAGAGGGCGCUUAUUUCGAAAGCGGCGAUUCCAACGGGGAUGAGCCGCACAACCGAUCAACAAUGAUAAGCUCUUUUUUCAGCAAAAUCCGAUCUUUCAAGUCAUUUAAGUAAUGAUUGUGAUAGUUUUUGUUAUGUGCCUUUGAAUUGAGACAUUCUUUCGCUACAGUCUGACUAUGCUGUCUCAGCCUCUGUGAUUACUGUCUCCAUGUUUACAUUUCAAUCAUAAAUAUGUUUUGCGUCCUCUAAGUGUGAUGGGCUGCUAGUCCAAAUGUGUUUAACUCAUUAUUCCUGGUGAAUAUAUUUUUGUGCCAUUGUGUCUAAAAUAGAUUUUUAAAGUAAAUGUUAAGAGUAGAGUGAAAAUAGAACAAAUUUAUAUAUGUAAAAAUAUGAAUUUUUAUGUGUGAAAAUUUAUUAAAUCAUUUAUGUUAAUGUUGAUUGUCAUCUGAUUUAUUAAUGAGCUAUUCUAGGAAUGCAUCAUUGAGGACUGCCAAAAAUGACUUGCUUUUGUAAAUUGUAAAUAAAAUGGCCCGUACGCAGAAGUUAAUAGCUUCAAAAAGAAAGAAAAAUAGAUGUGAAAGUUGUAUUUUUACUUGUUUGUUACCUUCAGCCAUAAUAUACAUAAAACUAAAUUGCAGUUUUCUC